AUGACGGAAACAUCAGCAUUGCAUUCUGGACUUAUGGUUAUGAUGGAUGAAUCUCUACUGAGGUCCAAUAUGAAGUCAAACUGUGGGAAAGGGCUCAUGGAUAUAGCACAGGUUCAGGAGAAAGGGUUUCCCCCCUAUGCAGUUAUUGAUGAUACGGGUGUGGAUUUUAAGAUCAAGCUGCUCACUGUUGGUGGGAAGAAGUUGAAGCUUACAAUUUGGGAUACCGCUGGACAAGAGAGGUUCAGGACCUUGACAAGCUCAUACUACAGAGGUGCUCAAGGGAUCGUUCUUGGUAUGUCAUGGAUAGAUCACUAUAGAUUCUUUCAUAUUUAUGAAGCCUUUUUGUCAUCCUGCAAAAUAAGUUAUUCUUUUAAGACGUGA